GAGCGAACAUCGUGAAAUUGUGUCCACUGUGUCAUUACUCAUGAUUCUGGUCCUAAACAUCGGAAGACUAUUGACUAAAGGAAAUCAAAUAACCUGUGGUCGUAGUCGUUUAACGCCAUAGAAAAGUGAAAGCUGUGCAAUUAAUGUAAACGUUGCAAUGAAUUCAUAAGCAGUUUAAUAAUAUUAAUCACAAUUUGUUAAAUAUAAAUACAAUAAAUUAAAUAUUAUAUAAGUGUAUAAAAAACAGAUACAUACAUAAAUACCAUUAUAACCGGUACCAUUUAAGGGCAUAAAAUUUGCCUCCCUGGUUUUACCAACUAUAUUAAUAAGUUAAGCAGUGAAGUUAAAAUGAAUAAAAAUGAGCAUUCUCCCGGAAGAUGCACUGCGCCGCAAGAAAUACUUAACUCGCACACAAACCGGGUUUGCUAUUCACCACAGAAUCGAUUGGUCCCUUGGAGUCAGCAUUCAGUAGUGAAUUCGGCGGCAAAUGUUGAGUCAACCGGAUCUAUAGCUGCUGCGCGUUCAAAAAGUCAAAACUUAGGUUUAAUUUGUGUAGUUUGUGGAGAUACCAGCUCUGGGAAACACUAUGGAAUUUUAGCUUGCAAUGGCUGCUCGGGAUUUUUCAAACGAAGUGUUCGGCGAAAACUCAUUUACAGGUGUCAAGCCGGAACAGGUCGAUGUAUUGUGGACAAAGCACAUAGAAAUCAGUGUCAAGCUUGUCGCCUUAAGAAGUGCCUUCAAAUGGGGAUGAAUAAAGAUGCAGUGCAAAAUGAACGACAGCCGCGAAACACAGCCACUAUACGUCCUGAGACGCUGCGGGAGAUGGAACACGGGCGAGCUUUGCGGGAAGCGGCCGUAGCCGUUGGAGUAUUUGGACCACCAGUUCUAUUAUCUCCUCCAUGCUAUGGUCCUGGCCUACUACCACCUCCCUCUUUAUCGAAUCUUCCGACAAAUCGGCGAUUACAUCACAAUCACAUUUCAAAGGCCUUACAGCUUUCGUCAAAUGUAUCACAGGCAGGCGGUUUCUCUGUAUUUAACAACAAUCUACAAUUUUCCAAAGAUAAUUCUUAUACGACCUCAAUGGAUCUUUCCAAUGGAACAGUCUCUGUGUCUACAAACUCAAGUAGUACAAAUUCAAUAGAUCCGAGUUCCCCCAUAUCUGAUACAGUUUUAGAUAAAAAUCCUGUAGGAGGAAGUGUUUCGUCCAUAAGUUCGACCAGUUCUGUUCAUGAUAAUGAUAAUGAUGAUGACUCCAUCGAUGUUACCAAUGAUGAAGAGCCUCUGCGAAACGAGAAACUAGAUUGUCAUUUCACGAUACCGACAUUUGUACCACAAAACUUGUACGUUCAGCCACAUGAGACAGUUUAUGAAACCAGUGCUCGCCUCCUCUUUAUGGCCGUAAAGUGGGCAAAAAAUUUACCAAGUUUUGCGAGUCUGUCCUUUCGAGAUCAGGUCAUUCUCUUAGAAGAAUCAUGGUCGGAUCUUUUUCUACUCAACGCCAUUCAAUGGUGCAUUCCUUUAGACCCUACUGGAUGCACUUUAUUCUCAGUUUCAGAACACUGCAAUAAUUAUGACACCACACAAGAAAGUGAGAAUUGCGUUACUAAAGAAGAAGUAGCCGCCAGUGUACGGACGUUGCAUGAAAUUUUUUACAAAUACAAGGCAGUUCUAGUUGAUCCCGCUGAAUUUGCAUGCAUGAAAGCAAUAGUUUUAUUUCGGCCCGAAACCCGGGGGCUCAAAGACCCCGCGCAAAUAGAAAACCUGCAAGACCAAGCCCAUGUCAUGCUAUCUCAACACACAAAAUCACAGUUUCUUACGCAGAUCGCACGAUUUGGACGUCUACUCCUGAUGCUGCCUCUUUUACGAUCUGUGAAUUCUCAUAAAAUCGAACUAAUAUAUUUUCAACGUACAAUUGGAAAUACGCCAAUGGAAAAAGUGCUCUGCGAUAUGUAUAAGAACUGAAAUGAUGAUGGCUUUUUAAAAAUAUUUGUAUACAUAAAUAUGUACAUACAUAUACGAAUAUUUCUUACAGCAAGGAGAUAUGUGUUCCUAUACCAAGAAUAAAAAAAUUAUACAAUAGAAGAGCGUUUGUUUUGUAUAUAAUUAUUACCGCUGCUCACUUUUAUCUUAAACUAAAAACGGGCCAAACUUUAAGCGGAAACCUGAAAAACCUGAAACCUGAAUUGAAAAUAAAUGUAAAUUUUAUAAGAAAUCAAAAUCAGCAAUAGAAACCAUAGCAAUCUCGUACUUCAAAUUCUGUUUUGACCAAUGGUGUGUAAAAAUGUGUGUCUUAUUGUUAUUUUUAGGUUAAUUUUAAAUCAAUCCGUUAUAUCACGUUAUCCCAUUAGAUUAAAGUAUCCGUCAAAAACGUUUUAAAAGAUUAAGUAUUAAAAGCACUGAGUACUUACACAUACUAUUACAGUUUGAAAAUAUUUUAAAUGCCACAGUUUAAAUGGUAAAUGCAGCAAUCGAAAUAAUAUUUAACACAAAGAGUGUAUCCGAUAUACAUAUGUAUGUACUUGUACAUUAACAUCUGUGAUUCUAAAAUAAUGGAAACCUCUUCAUACUUUUCUCUAGUUCAUAUACAUAUGUACAUAUAUGACGCCGCCUAAAACUAAUCGAGAUAGAAAUUGGGAAUAGGUAUUUAUAUGUAUAUACAUAAUAUAAUCAGGGUGACGAGACGACAGACUGUCUGUCUAUAAGAUCAGGUAUCUUGAUGAAACUUGUUUCUUGGUAAAAAAGGAAGGCGAACUAAGCACUAAACUAAGAUAUAGAAAUGCAAUUUGGCACAGGGGAUCACAAUAGCAAGGGUAUCUGUGGCCUAAAAAUUUGAAAAAGUGAUUUCGCAGUGGUCUGAUUACGCCCAUCCACGUACUCGGAACUUUCUUUAUACUAACGAACCCGCAUUCCCAGUUUCGGACGGACGGAAUAUAAUAGCUUUGUACAGCUAACGGUUGAUUGUAACACUCCAAACUAAUCAAAAUAGAUAUGAUCAGGAAGAUGAGUUAAGUUCCGUGUGACUGUCUGUCCAUCGGCCCGUCCGUUCUUUAAAGCGAUAACUUGAUUAAAAUGUAAGAUAUCUUAGCAAUCGAGCAAUUUCAACCAAAUACGGUACAUAAUAUUAUUCUUCCGUUCUUAUGUGGGAUUACAUACAAAAAUGAGUUUAUGCAAUUACAAUUCUCAACGCUAUGUUUUCGGUUCGUUAUAACUUUAUGAGACUACAAGUAUGUAUGUAUGUACAUAUAUGAAACACCUAAUUGGCUAAAUGGCAAGAAUCGGACAUAUUGAAAUUCAACUUAAAUAUAAAUAUCUCUUGGUUUGGAAAUUUGUCAAAAGCUGGGGUGACUCCACACCCACAAUGAGUUUAAGGUCAACUAAAUUCACUCAGAGCAAAUAUUCUUAAUACCUCCUCAAACACCGUGAAAAUGUUUGUUAAAAGCAGAGAAGGCUAUUAAAAAUAGAGAAGGUGCAAAUGCUAAAUCAAAUUUCAUUGAGUACCAAUUUGUAGUUUUCACCUUAGGGAAUUUCGAAAAACACAACUUCGAAAAAGAAUACACCACGCAAUGGGGGGAACAGGAAAAAUGGCUAUAAAUCUCGAUGCGCAUGCCUAUUUAGAUUUGCAUCUACAAUUCCUAUGAUAUUACAAAGAAAUUAUAAUUUGGAUUUACAAAUAAGCCUUUCAAUUAAAAAAUUGGUAAAACCCAUCAUUUAUCUUAAAAUAAACAGCUAAUUUACAAAAUUGUACACUAAUAUGGUAAACGUGUGUAUACACAUGUUCAUAAAUACACAGGCUCUAAUGGUUAUUACUCCUUGCUCCGCAGAAACAGGGGUCGAAUCGUUACAUCCGUGAACGUAUCACUCGUCACGUAAAAGCCUGUAUUUCGUAUUAUGACGUACGUGAUCGUAACACUUUUAUCGUGAUCUGGCAUGAUGACAUACGUGAACGAGUAUAUAAACGUAUCCGUUCGUUCGAAUCGUCGUUCGGACGCGAACUACCAAUCGUAAUAGAUAAAUUUAUGGAAAUAUGAGCAAAAUUUUUUAAAAUUUUAAGUGUUUUAUAAUUUUUAGUAAUAAAGGACAUAAACAAGAAAGCAAUGAAUGGAAUAUCUCAUUAAAAAUUAAAAAAAAAAUAUUAUUUAUAUGAACAAAAUUUUUGUAUUUUAGUUUACAAUAAAAAUAAAAUUAUUUACAAGGUUAAGGACAUAUACAUUUUUUAAUUAAAUGUAUGAAAGAAUACUUUAUUUUAUCUCUUAUCGUUUGGUCGAUUGCGGUGAAGCGGUUCGCUACCCCGGUGUCCAUUUCUUGUGUGUGAUAAGAAUCGCAAUUUUGAGGCUCGCAACUUGUUGUAAAUUUUAUGCAGAUGUUAUGUAAUGUCACAAACGUUAGCAAAUCUUCCACCUUUGUGGGGUGAUACCUUCCUCUCUUGCCAUAUCCUAAAAUUCUUCACCGUGUUUUUAAGAUUCCGAUGCUUUGUUCAACGUUACAUCUACCAAAUUUUGUUAAUGAGGUUUCACAAUUUGUUGUUUUUUAUACCUACGCUAUUGCUACGAUCUCUUAGCUAUCU